CCUUAUCCAUAUCCAAAUGAUUGAGGAUACAAGCUAUAACAUCAAAUCUUCCGCCCAAACCUUUAUUUUUCCUGGAAAUCUGAUUCUAUUUGAUUGAUCUUGAACUGUAACUUGCUAAGUCAUCAAGGAUGGCAGCCUCAGUUCCUCUUCAGACUUGUUUUGCUGGAAAUAUUGGAAAGAGCAAUGGGUCUUGUAUUAUCCGGCCAAAACCAGAAGGUUCAAAAUCAAGACUGGUUUCCUGGAACUUGAUGCAAAAGAACAAGAAGAGGAAAUCAAUUGCAGUUGUUGCAGCUGUUGGAGAUGUAUCACCUGACGGCAUAACCUACCUAUUUGCAGGCGCAGCCACCGUCGCCCUGCUUGGAACUGCCUUCCCCAUCCUUUUCUUUCGCAAGGACCUGUGUCCUGAAUGCGAUGGAGCGGGUUUCAUCAGGAAGGCAGGUGGGGCUUUGAGGGCGAAUGCUGCUCGCAAAGAUCAAGCUCAGAUUGUAUGUCCUAAUUGCAAUGGUCUUGGCAAGCUUAACCAAAUUGACAAAUAAACCCGAAGUUAUUCUGGCUUUUCAAAUGGACAGGUCCUGUUUAUUGAAUCUAUAUACCAGAGUUCAAAAGUGAUUAUUGGAAUUUUAUCACCCAUAUCUUUGUAUUUCUAAUCAAAAGCUUCUGUUAAUUUUGAUUUGGUUGUUUUAGAUUUGUGUAAUACGACCAAUCAUGUUGUAAGAACCAUGCUAAUAUCCGUACUGAAUACACCCUUCUUGUAAUUGUUUGAUUUCGAUCUUUUUUAAAACCAAAUUUUGUCUCUCUUUCA